AUGACUUCCCUGACACAGCGCAGCUCCGGCCUGGUGCAGCGCCGGACGGAGGCCUCCCGUAACGCCGCUGUUGACAAAGAGCGGGUGGCGUGUGGCGGCCCGGAGGAUGAAGGCCGCCAGAAUGAGCCCGGCGACAACGAGAAGGGCGACUCCAAGGAAACGCGGCUCACUCUCAUGGAAGAGGUACUGCUUCUGGGCCUUAAGGACCGUGAGGGCUAUACAUCAUUCUGGAAUGAUUGCAUCUCCUCAGGAUUGCGUGGCUGUAUGUUAAUUGAAUUGGCAUUGCGAGGGCGUCUUCAGUUAGAGAUUUGUGGAAUGAGGCGCAAAAGUCUAUUAACAAGAAAGGUGAUUUGCAAGUCAGAUGCUCCUACAGGGGAUGUUCUGCUUGAUGAAGCUCUGAAACACAUAAAAGAGACCCAACCUCCUGAAACAGUACAAAAUUGGAUUGAACUGCUUAGUGGUGAAACAUGGAACCCACUGAAGUUGCACUACCAAUUGCGAAAUGUCCGUGAACGGUUAGCUAAAAAUUUAGUGGAAAAAGGUGUACUGACAACAGAGAAACAGAACUUCCUUCUUUUUGACAUGACUACACACCCUCUCACCAACAACAAUAUCAAACAGCGCCUCAUCAAGAAGGUUCAGGAAGCAGUUCUUGACAAAUGGGUGAAUGACCCUCACCGCAUGGACAAGCGCUUGCUGGCACUCGUUUAUUUAGCCCAUGCUUCAGAUGUUCUGGAGAAUGCUUUCGCCCCCCUUUUGGAUGAGCAGUAUGAUUUAGCCACAAAGAGAGUGCGGCAGCUUCUGGAUUUAGACCCUGAGGUUGAAUCUAUGAAAGCCAACACAAAUGAGAUUCUGUGGGCUGUUGUAGCAGCUUUCACAAAAUAG